CUAGUGUACCUUACCGUAACCAGGAAUUUGCGGUGUCGCCGUGCUCCAGACUCGAAUUCAAAAUCCAAACUGACUCAAGCACCCGCUUAUCUCUUCCAGGAGUGCUGAGACCUAAAUGCAAAACCAAGCUUCAAAUGUGAUGGUGAAUUCUACUUUAACUUCAACCCUGUAUAAGUAUAACCCCUCGCUCUUCAGCUUCCCAUUUCAUCCCGGCGCCAAACUGAAAACCAAAACUCAAACCUCGAUUUCCUUUGCAAGAAAUUCCCCAUUCUUCGUCAAGCCAAUAUACUCGAUUGGAUUUCAGAAAGUCCGAGGUAGCGUCCAACAUUCGUGUGCUGAUGGUGACGAAGCUAACAAAAACCGAUCCAGAAUCAUAUACAACAAUUCCAGACGCUGUAAUGUCGAAAAAAUUAAGCUGCCCGCUGCUUGGCCUAUCAUAUACGCAUUAUUCUAUGUAGUUUUUGGGUUUGUCUGUCCCUUUUUCGGGAUCCGGAAGCCCGCUUUGGCUGCUGUGGUUACUGCCUCUCCUUCAUCCGCAAGCCAAUCAGUUCUAAGUGAAGAGAAUGAGGAGAAGGGUGACAAGUACCCGGCUCACACUCGGAGGCUACUAGGUGUUGUCUCAAAGCUUCUUAAUACAAUCCAAGAGGCGAAAGAUGGUAAAAUAGAAGAUACUAUGGUUAACAGUGUCAAGGAGGGGUUGAAUGAGGUUAAAACAACGAAGAGGGCACUGCACGAGGAGAUAAUAGAAGGUCUUAUUUCCGAGCUGAAGGUUCUGAAUGCUGAGAAGGAGGAGCUGAUUGAUCGAUGUGAAGAAAUUGUGAAUAAAGAGUUGAAUUUGAAGUGGGAGGAAGAGAGUUUGAUGACAAAGGCAAAAGACGGCAGUGUUGCUGGUGGUGAUAGGGUGGAGAAGCUAAGGGAGGGGAGGAGGAGCCUGGAGAGAGAGUACAAUGAUGCUUUGGAUAGGAUUGGGAAGAUUGAGAAUUUGAUCGUGAGGGAAGAGACUGUGGCAUUGAGCAUUAGAGUGAGGGAGCUUAUCUUUAUAGAGGGAGAGUGUGAGGCUGUGGUCGAGAGCUUCUUGAAGGAGAUAAAGGGGCGUGAAAAUCGGAGUACCUCAGGUCAGCCUGAUACGAAGCUUUCUAAGGAGGAGCUUCAGAAAGAACUGCAAAAUGCACAUAGGCUCCUUCAGGAGCAAAUAAUUUUACCAGAUGUUCUCGCUAGUCAAGGUACUGAAUCUCUCACGGGUCAAGAUACAACUGCUAAUACUUUUCAUAUAGAGCAAGCACUUAGGAAUUCAAGGAAGAUGCAAAAGGAGCUGGAGGAUCAAAUCAGGAAGACUAUGAGGAAACAUGGUGAGGAAAGAAGAUAUAUUGCAGUCACGCCUCCUGAUGAGGUUGUCAAGGGCUAUCCAGAUAUUGAGCUUAAGUGGACGUUUGGAAAGAAAGAGGUAGCAGUUCCAAGAGCUGUGAGCCUCCACUUACUUCACGGUUGGAAAAAAUGGCGAGAAGAUGUUAAGAUGGACCUUAAACAGAGUCUCUUGGAAGAUUCUGAACUAUGUAAAAAGUACAUCGCUGACAGACAGGAACGCAUUCUGCGGGAUCGGGAUAGAGUGAUGUCCAGGACUUGGUAUAAUGAACAAAGGAAUAGGUGGGAGUUGGACCCAAUAGUGGUUCCUUAUGCUGUCUCCAGGAAACUUGUGGAAGGUGCUCGAAUAAGGCACGAUUGGGCUGCCAUGUAUGUUAUGCUUAAGGGAGAUGACAAAGAGUAUUAUGUUGAUAUUUGUGAAUUUGAAAUGCUGUUUGAAGAUUUUGGUGGUUUUGAUGCAUUGUAUAUGAGAAUGCUUGGGGCUAACAUUCCCACCGCAGUUCAGCUAAUGUGGAUUCCCUUCUCUGAAUUGGACUUCAGGCAGCAGUUUCUCCUUCCAUUGGAAUUUUGUCGUCAGUGCUUUACUUUGUUGUGGAAUAGCCCUAAAGUGUUAGCCCCAAGAAAAUGGGCAUUUGAGAAAAUUAGAAAAAUUAAUGACGAUAUAAUGGUGAUGAUUGUUUUCCCUCUUGUGGAGUUUGUUAUCCCUUAUGAGGUGAGGCUGCGCUUGGGAAUGGCUUGGCCAGAAUAUUCCCAUGUAUCUAUUGGCUCAUCGUGGUACUUGAAAUGGCAAUCUGAGGCUGAAACAAGCUUUCGAGCAAGGAAAAAAGAUGGACUUAAGUGGUAUAUAUGGUUUCUGGUCAGAACUGCCAUCUAUGGGUAUGUGAUGUAUCAUGUUUUCCAGUUUAUGAGGAGAAAAGUAACAAAAGUUUCAAGAGUUCUUGGUUUUGGGACUUCAAGAAGAGAUCCCAACUUAAGAAUGCUGAGGGGAGUGAAAGCCUAUUAUAAAUUGAAGAAAAUGGCUAGAAAGAAGGGUCAAGAAGUUGACGUUGAUCCUGUUAGCACCGCUUUUGAUCGUAUGAAGAGGAUAAAAGAUCCUCCCAUACAGCUGAAAGAUUUCCUAAGUAUUGAACCUCUGAGAGAAGAAAUAAAUGAAGUUGUGGCAUUUCUACAAAAUCCCCAUGCAUUUCAAGAUAUGGGAGCUCGUGCACCACGGGGUGUUCUUAUUGUUGGUGAGGAAGGAACAGGAAAAAGAUCCCUGGCAAUGGCUAUAGCAGCUGAAGCUAAGGUUCCGUUAGUUGAAGUAAAAGCCCAUCAGCUGGAAAAUGAUCGUAUGGCGGGCCAAAGUGCAUCGAACGUCAGAGAAUUGUUCCAAAUAGCACGAGAUCUGGCACCUGUUAUUAUAUUUGUGGAAGAAUUUGACCUCUUUGCUGGUGUCCGCGGAAAGUUCAUUCACACUAAAAAGCAGGAUCAUGAGUCUUUCAUCAAUCAACUUCUCGUGGAACUUGAUGGGUUUGAGAAACAAGAUGGUGUGGUUUUGAUCGCUACCACUGAACAUCUUAACCAAAUUGAUGAGGCUUUACGGCGUCCUGGCAGAAUGGAUAGAAUAUUUUCUCUCCAAAAACUAAUUCCCGCAGAAAGGGAGAGAAUCUUACGUAUUGCUGCAAAAGAAACGAUGGAUGAGGAUCUCAUUGACUUUGUUGAUUGGCAAAAGGUUGCUGAAAAGACUGCUUUUCUUCUCCCUGUAGAGUUAAAAAAGGUCCCAUUGUCCUUGGAAGGUAAUGCAUUCAGAUCGAAGUUUGUUGACACGGAUGAACUUAUGAGCUACUGCAGUUGGUUUGCAACUUUCAGUGGUGUAGUUCCCAAAUGGGUGAGGGAAACCAAACCUGCGAAGAAAAUAAGCAAGAUGCUUGUGGAUCAUCUUGGCUUGACAUUGACAAAAGAGGAUCUGCAGAAUGUUGUCGAGUUGAUGGAACCAUUUGGUAAAAUAAGAAAUGGCAUAGAAAUGCUGAACCCACCUCUUAAUUGGACCAGGGAAACAAAAUUUCCCCAUGCCGUUUGGGCUGCUGGUCGUGGUCUCAUGGCUUAUCUGUUGCCCAACUUUGAUGUUGUUGAAUAUCUGUGGCUUGAAUCUUCUUGUUGGGAGGGAGUUGCAUUCAGCAAGAUUACGAAGGCUAGGAAUGAAGGUUCGUAUAAUGUUGAAACAAGAGCUUAUCUUGAAAAGAAGCUCGUGUUUUCCUUUGGCUCUUACGUGGCAUCAUGUUUACUGCUUCCCAUUGGGGAAGAAAGUAUUCUUCCUUCUUUAGAGUUGAAGGAUGCUCGGGAGAUAGCAAUUAGGAUGGUUAUGCAGUAUGGGUGGGGUCCCGAUGAUAGUCCGACAAUCUACCACCAUGGAAAUGCGGCUACAACUCUGAGUAUGGGAGACAAUUUUGAAUAUGAGAUGGCUGCUAGAGUUGAAAUGAUUUAUAACUUAGCAUACGAUAAGGCAAAAGCACUGCUUCAGAAGAAUUAUGUAAUCCUUGAAAAAAUUGCUGAAGAACUGGUUGAAUAUGAAGUUUUGUCUGGAAAGGACUUGGAAAGAAUUGUUUCUGAGAAUGGUGGCAUUCGCGAAAAGGAACCAUUUAUCCGAGCAUUCAUGGACUUGCUGAUUGAAAGACACAAAGCCGUGAAGCCAGAUGCCAAAGCAUGGACUUCUGAGAAGGAUGCUUGAAGAAAUAUGCAUGCUUUUUGGUUCAGAUAUGACUAUAUCAUGACAUAUUAGCAAGGAGCUCAAAAGUGCCGUUUCCAGAUCAUUGAAAAUACGAAACAAUCCUAUUACAUGGGCUUGUUUUUUUUGAGUUUGAUUAUUUUAAUCAAAAGAAGUGUAUUUUGUAGGGUAGAAAGUGAAGACCAAACCUUUUUCACCUGAGCUUAGAAGAGAAAUGAUUUUUUGUUUUCCUGACUGACUGUACAGUGUAGAUUUGGUUGGUGAAUUCUAGUAUACAGUAUUCUCCUUCAGUAGCACAACUUGCUCUUAUCUCUAGUUUUAUUUUACUGUCUUUGGGAGAAGAAUUACUGUUUUAAGAAUAAAGUUUGAGCAUGACUUGGCUGCUGGAAUUCCUCGUCAUAUCAAAUCCGGUUCUGGAAAAGAUGGUUAUGUAGGUUUCACCAUGGCCGUGUGCUUAAAAGGUAAUACGGCUAAUUAAAAGAUGGUUAUGUAGGGGUGUACAUAACACUCACAU